ACGACCACAGCUAACCCAACAACAACCACAGCUACAACUACAACAGAGGCUCCAACAACAACCACAGCUGCUCUUACUAUAACCACAGCUGCUCCCACUACAACCACAGCUGAACCUACAACUACCACAGAGGCUCAAACAACAACAACAGCUGCUCCCACUACAGCCACAACUGAACCUACAACUACCACGGAGGCUCCAACAACAACCACAAUUGCCCCUAUAACUACCACGGAGGCUCCCACUACAACAACAGCUGCACCUACAACUACAAAAGGCGCUCCCACUACAACCACAGCUGAACCUACAACUACCACAGAGGCUCCAACAACAACCACAGCUGCUCCCACUACAACCACAGCUGAACCUACAACUACAACAGAGGCUCCAACAACAACCACAGCUGCUCCCACUACAACCACAGCUGAACCUACAACUACCACAGAGGCUGAAACGAUGACCACAGCUUCUCCCACUACAACAACAGCUGAACCUACAACUACCACAGAGGCUCAAACGACGACCACAGCUAACCCAACAACAACCACAGCUGAACCUGCAACUACAACAGAGGCUCCAACAACAACCGGAGCUGCUCCCACUACAACAACAGCUGCCCCAACAACUACUACAACUUCUCCCACUACAACCACAGCUGCACCUACAACCACAACAGAGGCUCCAACAACAACAACGGCUGCUCCCAGUACAACCACAUCUGCCCUUACGACUACCACAGAGGCUCCAACAACAACCACUGCUUCUCCUACUACAACCACAGCUUCCCUUACAACGACCACAGAUGCUCCAACAGUAGCUCCAACAGCAGCCCCUACUGCUCCUCCAACCACAACCACAGCCGACCAUAACCACAACUCUUCCAACAACAACCACACCACCACCAGUUGUGUUGAUUCUCAUAUUUACCUCACCAGAACCCUUUACUGCUGCCCUGGAAAAUAAUUCCUCCCCUCAGUUUAAGCAACUAGAAACUAAGACCAAAGAAACGCUCGAGCCCAUUUAUAAAAAAAGAUUCCCAAACUUCCUUCAACUGAAAGUUCUUGGUUUCAGGAGAGGUUCCACCAUAACAGAUACAGAACUUCAGUUCAACGUGACACUAAAUGUAACUGCACCUGCUGUUGAGACUAUAGCUUCAACUCUCAAGACUGCCAUUGAAAACGGGACUGUGUCACUCAACAUUUCUGUUAGCUCCAUCAAUG